AUGGUCUUCGCCUGGAAAGCCGCCGGUCUCACCUACAACCGCUACCUCGCCGUCGCCUCGCGCGUCGUGCGCCGCAGCCUGAAGGAGGACAAGAGAAUCGCCGCCGAGCGCCGCGGCGACAUGGACCUGCGUUUCGCCAAGUGGGAGAACGGCAAGCAGGGCGACCCCAAGCCCCUCGCCCAGGCCGCCCACAUUUCAAGGCUCUCUCUCGAGCAAGGGCGUGAACCCCCGCCGCCCCCGCCGCCAAAUAUCUCAAGUGACGGCAUCGUCGCCUUCGAUAUCACGUCCAAGUUUACUGCUGCCGCUGGAAAGCUUGCUCCGGGUGAGCUGGUCAAGGAUGGGUUCUUCACUUUGUUUGAGUCUAUAAUGGACCCGAAGAUGGACAGCGGCUGUCUCGACACAGAGGAGUCGCCUGAUGUUGACUAUGAUGUGUCGCGCCCUCUUCUGCCUGAGGAAGUCCUGGGCAUUAUCGACCAACUGCUCUGCCAUGAGAUGGCCUGGCACAUUGGAUACCCCUUGUCACAGACCUUAUUCACAAGCGUAUACGUCGAGUCGAUUCUGAUGCCCAAACCUGCCACCCUCGAGGAUGCCCACUUCAUCCGAAACGCCAACGGAACCCCGCCAUCACCGAUGCAUGCCGUUCUGCGAGCCUACUGCGUGGGACUUUUGAAGACAUGCGGCAAUGUAAAUGAGAGGAUAAAGAACGAGCACUUCUAUGAGGAAGAAGACUUUGUAACAAACACCUACAAUCGAGUCUUACUCGACGACUUCGACGUAGAAUCCGUAAGAGAUGUCAUCAAGGAUGCCAGCUUCAUUCUUCGGCAUUCGUCAGAUUCGGUACCCAAGGAGAUCGUCGAUGCCCUGAACACCAGACUACUCCUCCGAUACGCGUUUCUUGCGGCCAUUGAUCACACGCAGUACCGGACCGAGCCGGACAGAAUCAGAAGCCCAUGGAACGAAGCCCUCCAAAUGCUUCCGAGCAUCAAGAGUACCCACGCUCUGGGCAAGCCCGUCCCGGAAGCCUUCAGCGCCAAGUUGCAGAGGAAACUGGCGAGCACGAUGCCCCCGCGUCCCAUCGUCCAGACCAGCUUCGAAGACGCCAUUGCAAACCUGACGAGAAUGAUUAGCGACGGAAUAGAGGUUGUCGGUGUUCUCAACUACACCGACUCCAUCUGUCUCCAGACUUAUGUCACAACCUUCCAAGCAAAGAAGCCGCAGCCACUCAUCUUCGUCCGCACUCUCCUGCAAUCGUUCCUCUUCAAAGACAUGGAAGUACUCGGCCACAAGUCAAUCCGCCAGCUCCUCGACGACGACUUUUCCAUAGUCUCCCUCCCCAACAGUCCCCUCCUCGACCGCGCCAACGACGAGAUCGAAGCCAUCCAAGACCCCCGCUUCACCGUCGCCGCCCAGAUGGAGUCCUUCCGCCAGCGAGCCGCCCAGCCCUACCUCGACAUCCUCCGCACCUUCUGCCAGAACCGCUGCCGCGUCCGCCGCACCCUGUGCCACAUCGUCCGCGACUGGGAGAACCUCCAGUUCGACGCAGAGGACAUCGACCAGGUCAUCCAGCACCAGAUCGACGAGCAGCCGGCCGUGUACCAGACGCCCGCGGGCCCCGUCGAGAACUACUCGCUCCCGCUGUCCUCGUGGGCGUACCUGUACAAGGUCAAGCAGAUGGAGUGGAUCGUCCAGCUCGGCUUCGAGCUCGAGGUGUACCAGCCCGACGAGCUGGCCGGCAUGUACUGGUACCUCAACUUCCUCGCGAAAAACCGCCUGCAGCACGUCGAGCGCAUCAAGACGUUCAUCAUGAGGAGCCUGAACCAGGCGCGGUCCGGCAGGCAGCGGCUCGCGCCGGCGGCCGAGGCGCAGUACACCAAGUCGCUGGCGUUCAUCCGGCUCACGCUGCUCGACGCCGCCGUCACGGACGGACUCGCCGACGCCCUCUGCUGCCUGUACACCGUGCUGCACCGUCUGGGCCUGAUCAAGCCGCCCCCGCGCCCUUACAGCACCGACGAGCUGCGCUACGAAUUGCGGAUGAAGCCGUUCGCCGUCAUCGGGCUGCCGUCUCUGCCGACGUUUGACGAGUUCACCGAGGGCACGCUGCAGUCUGAUGUCUCGACGGGCGACCUACUCGCGCUGGCCGACCGGGCCAUCGCGGGCGCGAAGAAGGGCUUCGAAGUGAUGAGCAAGUUCCCCGACACCGAGUCCUUCUCUGUGGGAUCAAAUGAUCGCUGGGUGGCUACCGUGAAGAACGGGCUCAAGUCGUGCAUCGCGACGGGGCUGGCGGUGUCUGUCAUCAGGAAGGCGCUAGACAAGUCCGGGGACGGCGGGGACCUAAAGCUCAAGGCCGAGGUGCCGACUCCUGACAAGUCGUAUCACGAGUGGUGGAUCGUCCCGAGAAUCAUACCCGUUCGGUGA